AUGAGCAGCACAACACAAACAUGUAUUAUGAACGAUGCCCGAAAGAGCAUUGCCACCGACCCGCCGCAAAGCCUCGAGGCUGACUUUCUAGAAAAGUAUGAGAAGCUCUCACAAGAGCAGGCAGGUCAUCUGCGACAUUUUCACAACCUGGCAUCUCAAAGAGAUGGCGAGUGGAAUUUGAUGGGUUCCCAAGAGCCCGGUCAGGAGUGGGUCGAUGCCUACCGUUACCAGUUGGCGACGAUGGCAUAUGCCUCGGCAGCUGCCCAUUACCACCGCCUACCGGCUCUGAGAUCAGCCUUCCAGGCCUUGUUGGAACGUUUGAUUCAUAAAAUGCUGCGCCGAGACGUGUGGGGAUACUGGUUCCUCACUAGUCACAGUGGGAAGUUCGUUGACCCGGAUAUUGAGGAGCUGAGAAAGCCAUGGGCAGAUCCGAUUGUCAGGGAAAAUAUCAUGUACUCGGGCCAUCUUCUCCUUAUGGUGUCGCUGUAUGCGAUGCUCUUCAAUGACGACAAAUACGACAGGGAGGGUGCCCUCACUUUUAACUGGAACCCGAUCUUUUGGGGAAUGGGCCCAGAAAAGUUCUCAUAUACUCGCAAAUCGCUGCAAACCACGAUCUUGGCAGAAAUGGAGCGUGAGAACUGGCUAGGCGCCUGCUGCGAGCCAAACAGUAUUUUCAUUGUUUGCAAUCAGUUCCCUAUCAUUGCUUUCCGAUACAAUGACAUUCGUGAUGGCACAGACGUUGCUACGGAAGUCCUUAAGAAAUACACUGCGGCCUGGAAAGCGAAAGGCAUGAUCCAGGAUGAUGGAAUGUUUCUUCAGUGGUACUCACCCAAGCAAGACCGGAAGAAGGAGACCAAAGAUAUUGGAAGUACUGCGUGGGGCGCCGCAUUCAUGAACUCUUGGAAUCCGAGCGUUGCGCAUCAUACGUUCGACACGCAGACUGUGGGAUUUCUCUCGCGGGAACAUAAGGGUCGCGUGAAUGUUCAAUCCAGCCAAGUGGCCUCCGCUAUUCGGGACCUUGUCAAGACGGGAGCUGAUCCGGAUUCACCCAGCACUAUACAAGCAGCGCGUACAAUAGUUCUCAGUGACCCCAACCCGCCUUUCGAGCUACCUUUCCCGCGCCCAACAUUUGGAUAUAUCUUGCAAUGGGUUUCUGAAGUGGGAGAUCAGGCUACUUUGGACGGUCUACUGGCCCACGUUGACGAGUUCUUCCAGCCUGCCUGGCACAAUGGUGGACUUUACUAUCCUGUGAAUGAGCGGAGAUCUGAUCGGGAUGGAAAUUGGACAGAAGUUGAGCCGUACACCGGAAAUGCUGCUGUUGGAUACGCCCGUCUCAAUGUGUUUGAUGGGCAGAGGAAGAUGUGGACUGAUCCAUGGACCCCCGAGCAUGUUUCAAAUUCCCCUUUCAUAGAUGGAGUUGACUUGGGGAACGGAAUUGACUUCCUCAGAUGCUUUUGGGACGAGGCGAGGGAAGCCAUGGUGGUGACUAUGCGUUCCUGGGAAGGGACACAGAAAAGCAUCAAAUUACAGUGCUGCAAUCUACCUAUUGGCCGGUACGCAAGCUAUUAUAACAACGAGCUUGCUAGCACACAUCAUGUCGUACAGCUUGCUGACUCGAUUGAGAUAUCUUUGGAUAUCUCUGGGGACGAAUUUGACCUCGUGUUGCUGCGUACCUAG